CGCCGAUAUCCGCGUUGCUCCCAAGAUGGUGGCGCGGGGCUCGGGCUGAGAGCGAGCGAGGCAGCAGCGAGAGGCGGCGCACCCCGCGGGCCCGGCCCGCCCUCCUGCCCCCUGCGCGCCGCGCCGCGCCGCCAGCCUCGCCAGGCCGCUCGCUUCUCCUUUUCCCUCCCCGGCGAGGCCGCGGCCCCGGCUUCUCCGCCCCGGGGGCCCCAACGGCUCCACCGGCAGCAGCGGCGCCUCCUCCUCGUCGCCCGUGGCCCGGCGCCGAGCGCGGCGCGGCCCCCGCAUGAGCCCGGGCGGCAGCGGCGGCGGGAGCGACCGGGAGCAGCAGGCCGCGGCGCCCAGGUACAAGAACUGUAGAAACCCAUUUUAGAAUCUGGAAGGACAAACUUACGCAGCUGUGGGAAGAUAUGCCAUGGAAGUAAUCAGCUGGGGUGGUCCCAGGGCGCUCUGGGCACGAGUAUUGCUGAGUGAUCACUGGCUGCCACCUGCGUGACAAAGUAAAGGACCAACCCUUCAAUUUAUACCAGUGGAGCCAGAUCACGGGAAACAAUUGACAGAGUUGUUAAGCUUAUGCUUAGCCCAGCGUGAGACAGAACUGGUGUGACAACUUGUUUUUAAUCCGUGACUCAAAAUUGUGAUCACCCUGAUGUCACCGAAUGGCCACAGCUUGUAAAAGAUCGCCAGGAGAACCUCACUCUGAAAACAUUGAAACUAGCCGAAUGAAGCGAGCAGCUGCAAAGCAUCUAAUAGAGCGCUACUACCACCAGUUAACUGAGGGCUGUGGAAAUGAAGCCUGCACGAAUGAAUUUUGUGCUUCCUGUCCAACUUUUCUCCGUAUGGAUAACAAUGCAGCAGCCAUUAAGGCCCUCGAGCUUUAUAAGAUUAAUGCAAAACUCUGUGAUCCUCAUCCCUCCAAGAAAGGAACGAGCUCGGCUUACCUAGAAAACAAUUCCAAAGGUGCCCAUAACAAUUCCUGCAGUGACAGAAAAAUGAACAAGAAGGAAAUGCAAGGCCCAAGAGAUGACUUUAAAGAUGUGACUUUUCUAACAGAAGACAAGAUCUAUGAAAUUCUUGAACUAUGUCGAGAGAAAGAGGAUUAUUCCCCUUUAAUCCGAGUGAUUGGGAGAGUAUUUUCUAGUGCUGAAGCAUUGGUACAGAGUUUCCGAAAAGCCAAGCAGCACACCAAGGAAGAGCUCAAGUCUCUUCAAGGAAAGGAUGAAGAUAAAGAUGAAGAUGAAAAGGAAAAAGCUGCCUGUUCGGCUGCUGCUAUGGAAGAAGAUUCAGGCGCAUCAUCAUCAUCAUCAAGAAUAGGUGAUAACACGCAGGGAGAUAACAACCUUCAAAAACUAGGCCCUGAUGAAGUGUCUGUAGAUAUUGAAGCAGUCAGGCGGGUCUAUGAUAGAUUACUUUCUAAUGAAAAAAUAGAAACUGCCUUUUUAAAUGCACUUGUGUACUUGUCACCUAAUGUGGAAUGUGACUUGACUUAUCAUAAUGUGUACUCUCGGGAUCCUAACUAUCUGAAUUUGUUUAUUAUUGUUAUGGAGAAUGGCAAUCUUCAUAGCCCAGAAUAUCUGGAAAUGGCUCUGCCGUUGUUUUGCAAAGCAAUGAGCAAACUGCCCCUUGCAGCUCAAGCAAAACUGGUCAGAUUGUGGUCUAAGUAUAGAGCAGACCAAAUUCGGAGAAUGAUGGAGACAUUUCAGCAGCUUAUUACUUACAAAGUCAUAAGCAAUGAGUUCAAUAGUCGUAACCUAGUGAAUGAUGAUGAUGCUGUUGUUGCUGCUUCAAAGUGCUUGAAAAUGGUUUACUAUGCAAAUGUAGUAGGAGGGGAUGUGGAUACAGAUCACAAUGAAGAGGAAGAUGAAGAACCCAUCCCAGAAUCCAGCGAACUAACUCUUCAAGAACUAUUGGGUGAGGAAAGAAGAAAUAAAAAAGGGCCUCGAGUAGACCCACUGGAAACUGAACUUGGUGUUAAAACUAUAGAUUGCAGGAAACCACUUAUCCCUUUUGAAGAAUUUAUUAAUGAACCACUGAAUGAUGUUCUGGAAAUGGACAAAGAUUACACUUUCUUCAAAGUAGAAACAGAAAAUAAGUUCUCUUUUAUGACCUGUCCCUUCAUAUUGAAUGCUGUUACCAAGAACCUGGGAUUGUACUACGACAACAGAAUCCGGAUGUACAGUGAACGACGCAUAACUGUGCUUUACAGCUUAGUUCAAGGACAGCAGCUCAACCCAUAUUUGCGACUUAAAGUGAGACGUGAUCACAUCAUAGAUGAUGCACUUGUGCGGCUAGAGAUGAUUGCCAUGGAAAAUCCUGCAGACUUGAAGAAGCAAUUGUAUGUGGAAUUUGAAGGAGAGCAAGGGGUAGAUGAAGGAGGUGUUUCCAAAGAAUUUUUUCAACUGGUUGUGGAAGAAAUCUUCAAUCCAGAUAUUGGUAUGUUCACAUAUGAUGAAGCUACAAAACUGUUUUGGUUUAAUCCGUCCUCUUUUGAAACUGAGGGUCAGUUUACACUGAUUGGCAUAGUACUGGGUCUGGCUAUUUACAAUAACUGUAUACUGGACGUACAUUUUCCCAUGGUUGUCUACAGGAAGCUAAUGGGCAAAAAAGGAACUUUCCGUGAUCUGGCAGACUCUCAUCCUGUUCUCUAUCAGAGUUUGAGAGACCUAUUAGAGUAUGAAGGAAGUGUGGAAGAUGAUAUGAUGAUAACUUUUCAAAUAUCUCAUACGGAUCUCUUUGGUAAUCCAAUGAUGCAUGAUUUAAAGGAAAACGGUGAUAAAAUCCCCAUUACAAAUGAAAAUAGAAAGGAAUUUGUCAAUCUCUAUGCUGACUAUAUACUCAAUAAAUCAGUAGAAAAGCAGUUCAAGGCCUUUCGGAGAGGAUUCCACAUGGUGACCAAUGAAUCUCCUUUGAAAUAUUUAUUUAGACCAGAGGAAAUUGAAUUACUUAUUUGUGGAAGUAGGAAUCUAGACUUUCAAGCACUAGAAGAAACUACAGAAUAUGAUGGUGGCUAUACAAGAGACUCUCUUAUUAUUAGGGAAUUCUGGGAAAUAGUCCAUUCUUUUACAGAUGAACAGAAAAGACUAUUCUUGCAGUUUACAACAGGCACAGACAGAGCCCCUGUGGGAGGACUUGGAAAAUUAAAGAUGAUCAUAGCCAAAAACGGCCCAGAUACAGAGAGGUUACCUACAUCUCACACAUGCUUUAAUGUACUUUUGCUUCCGGAGUACUCAAGCAAAGAAAAGCUUAAAGAAAGAUUAUUGAAGGCCAUCACAUAUGCCAAAGGAUUUGGCAUGCUGUAAUAAAUAAAUAUAACAAAAGGGAUUUAAAAAAUGAUGGUGAUGUCCCUGUCCAAAAAGGCCAUAAGAUAGUGAGCUACAGUAGUCACCUGUGUUUGUGCCUCCCUUCUUUACUGGGGACAUUGGGCUGGAACAGCAGAUUUCAGCUGCUUAUAUGAACAAAUUCUUUAUUUUUUCUUUUAGCGUGAAAGUGUUACAUAUUCUUUCACUUGUAUGUACAGAGAGGUUUUCCUGAAUAUUUAUUUUAAGGGUUAAAUCACUUUUGCUUGUGUUUAUUACUGCUUGAAGUUGAGCCUUUUUGAGUAUUUACAAGAAAACAAACUGUACUCUCCCAAGGAAAAUAUUGCCAUCAUUUGUAGACCAUGUAACCUUCAAGUAUGUGCUAUAUUUUUGUCCCUGUAUCUAAUCAAAUCAAGAACUGUACUUUUUGAAGAGUUUGCUUUUGAAACUUGAAGUCUUGGAAAACAGUGUGAUGCAAUUACUGCUGUUCUAGCCCCCAAAGAGUUUCUGUGCAAAAUCUUAAGAAUCAAUAAAGAUGGAAGGGAGAACUUGGAAUGUUAAACUGCAGCCUUGAGAACUUUACUUUAGUCACAGCACAACAAUUAAAAUUCAUUUCACUAUAUGUUGUCUUCACAUGUCUUGUAAUAAAUUGUUUUUAAUUAGAAAACAUUUCUUAGUGUAUGAAAGGGUAGAAAUUUUAGUUACUGUUUUUUUAAGAAGUUUACUGGGGAAAGUGCAUUUUCAACUGAACAGCUUUAGGGUAGAGAGUGAAAUGUUUGAAAAAAGAUAGGAAGUUUUUGCUAUAAUAUAAACAAAGCAUGUGGAAGUGCACUUAAAAUGAAGUUUUAUUCUUAAUUGCCUAUUAUGUUGACAUUUUAAAUAGACAAUCCAAAGUCUUCCCUACAUGUUAUGUCAUCACCAUUUAUUUAAUAAAUCAUUGUUCCUACUUAUCAAGGCACAUGAUCAGUGUUGCAACAUAAUUGAAAGGGAUGGCUACUGUAUUUUAAUCUCAUCUAACAAUAAGCAAAAUUGCAAAAUAUUAAGCGUAAGGCCUACUUCAUGUUGUACACUUCCAACCAUUAAAUAAACUGUUAGAAAGUAAAUGACUUAAGGUUAUAUUCAUUUACUGCAAAGUAUUCAAUAGGUUUUUAAUUCAACUCUACAAAUCAUAUCAGAAAUAAAUCCUUUACCUUUCAUAGUCUGUGUUUAAUGUUAAUUUCUCUUGUUGCAAUAUAUGAUAAAGGGAUUAUGCGUUUUUAAAUGAAGAUCUAACUAGCAUAUCUCUUUUAUAAUACAGGCUACAGCUGAUGUGCAGAGCUGAGCUUGUGCCUUGACAAUUGCUAUAACUGACUACUACAGAUCAAACCAAUGAGUAUGUGAAAUUGGCAUUAAAAGGCGUAGUUUUGAAAUCAUUGGAGAAAGAAAAGAUGUCUUUCAGGAUUAUUUUAAUAAAUUCUUUCUAGUAAUAGAAGCAGACAACUGUUAUGUAACUAUGAUGCUGAAUAAAACAGUGAUGUUUUUUCA